AUGACUCUUACUUUCGUUAUUCUUUCUUCAAUUACGCCUCUCUCUCCUUCUUUUCUUUUUUCUUCUUCUUCUUCUUCUUCUUCUUCUUCUUCUUCUUCUUCUUCUUCUUCUUCUUCUCUUAUUCCCUGUCCUUCUGCUUCUCCUCUUUUUCUCUCCUACUUCUCUUUCUUCUCUUCCUUCGUCCUCUCCUUUUUCACUUCUACAUCUUCUUUUCUUCUUCUUUACCCUUAUCUUCUGUUUCUUCUUUUCCUUCUCUUCCCGGGUCUUCCUCUUCUUUUCCCUGGUCUUCUUCCUUUUCUUCUUCUUCUUCUUCUUCUUCUUCUUCUUCUUCUUCUUCUUCUUCUCUGGUCUUCUUUCUUUUCUUCAUUUUUUUCUUCUCUUCUCUGUUUAUUCAUAUCUAUCUAUCUAUCUAUUCAUAUCAAUCUAACUCAGUUCAUAUGUAUCUCGGUCUAUUCUUAUUUACCUCAGUCUAUUUCUAUCUAUCUAUCUAUCUAUCUAUCUAUUAAUAUCUAUCCCAAUCUAUUCAUUUCUAUCUAUCUAUCUAUCUAUCUAAUAGCCUCUUCAUGUCUAUCUAUCUAUCUAUCUCAGUCUAUUCCUAUCUAUCUAUCUCAGUCUAUUCUUAUCUAUCCAUAUCCAUCUAAUAGCCAUCUACAUAUCAUCUAUAUCCAUCUAUCCAUCCAUCUAUCUAUCUAUAUCAUCUAUUCAUCUAUCUAUCUCAGUCUACCCCAUCUAUCUAUCUCAGCCUAUUCCUAUCUAUCUAUCUAUCUAUCUAUCUAUCUAUCUAUCUAUCUAUCUAUCUAUUCAUAUCUAUCCCAAUCUAUUCAUUUCUAUCUAUCUAUCUAUCUAUCUAUCUAUCUAUCUAUCUAUCUAAUAGCCUCUUCAUGUCUAUCUAUCUAUCUAUCUCAGUCUAUUCCUAUCUAUCUAUCUCAGUCUAUUCUUAUCUAUCUAUCUAUCUAUCUAAUAGCCUCUUCAUAUCUAUCUAUCUAUCUAUCUAUCUAUCUAUCUAUCUAUCUAUCUAUCUCAGUCUACUCCUAUCUAUCUAUCUCAGCCUAUCCCUAUCUAUCUAUCUAUCUAUCUAUCUAUCUAAUAGCCUCUUCAUAUCUAUCUAUCUAUCUAUCUAUCUAUCUAUCUAUCUAUCUAUCUAAUAGCCUCUUCAUAUCUAUCUAUCUAUCUAUCUAUCUAUCUAUCUAUCUAUCUAUAUCACCACAGAUUACUUGCUGUUUUUCGUAUAUUGCUCCUUUGGAGCGUCUCAUGCUAUCGUGCGCCGCCUCACGUCGCAGGAGUCGUUUCUCGCCGCCUUGCGCUGCCUUGCGCCGCCUCACACUGCCUUGCGCCGCCUCACACUGUCUCGAACCGCCUUGCGCUGACUUACACUACCUUGCACCGCCUCACACUGACUUGUGCCGUCUCGGGCCGCUUCACGGUGGUUUACAUUACCUUGCACCGCCUCACACUGACUUGUGCCGCCUCACGCCGUCUCGAGCCGCUUCACGGUGGCUUACACUACCUUGCACCGCCUCACACUGCUUUGCGCCGCCUCACGCUGUCUCGGGCCGCUUCACGGUGGUUUACACAACCUUGCACCGCCUCACACUGCUUUGCGCCGCCUCACGCUGUCUCGGCCCGCUUCACGGUGGCUUAUACUACCUUGCACCGCCUCACACUGCCUUGUGCCGCCUCACGCUGUCUCGGGCCGCCUCACGGUGCCUUACACUACCUUGCGCCGCUUCACACUGCCUUGCGCUGCCUCAAUAA